GCUGCAUGAGAGGAGAUGAAACCUCAACUUGAGAGGACCGAGCCUGAACGGCGUGGAUCCUAAAGACGUUCACUGACAUUAAAUACCUGGACAUCAGCUCGCCCUGUGUAGCUUAUGUGUGAAAGAGAACGUGGGUUUCACUUUUGCUAUCACCGCGUACUGCACAUCGUUCAAAAUAUAUGAUUAAUUUCAGGUGAAUAUAAUUAGCGGGUUUUUUUCCUCGCAAACAGGGCAAGCGGGCCGCUUUAAUAGUACAACAUCAGCACGAGCGAGUGGAGGAGGCACCUGGGACUGAAGCUUUCUUUCUUUCUCUCACACACACACACACACACAUACAGAAAGCGAGAGAGAGAGAGAGAAAGAGAGAGAGACGGGAUCGGCGCGCUGGACAUGAGGAAGACCUCAUCCCGAGCCUGAUUUCCUGCGGUCCCGGCCAUCUGUGUGGCUUCAAUUGCACUGAAAUCCACUCACAAAAUGACCCAGCCACAGACGACCACGGAGCUGGAGCAGAGCUGCAGUUUAUCUAAAAAGAGCAUCAUUACCAAAAUGUUUAAAGUUCGCAAAAGGAGAGAGAUGCUGUUCGUGCAGGUGUGCUUCAUCUGCAGCGUCCUGUUCUUGGCGUGGUGUAUGUCGGCGUUGCUCACAAAAACAGGUCAUGGGCUAGUGCUUCAGGAGGGGUUCGCCGUUCCCAGAGAUCACCUGGGCCGAAGGCUUAUGGCCACAGCAGGAGAGAACGAGACGGAGAAGAACUGCACAGAACCAGCCGUCCACGAGUUCCCCAAGGAUAUAUUCACCAACAGGCAACGUACUCAAGGAGCUGUACUUCUGCACAUAUUUGCGGCUCUAUAUAUGUUUCUGGCCCUUGCUAUUGUAUGUGAUGACUACUUUGUGAUGUCUCUAGAGAAGAUCUGUGAGAAACUGCACCUGAGUGAAGAUGUAGCAGGAGCGACCUUCAUGGCAGCUGGAAGCUCCGCCCCCGAGCUGUUUGCCUCUAUAAUUGGUGUGUUCAUAACACAUGGAGAUGUGGGGGUGGGUACCAUAGUGGGCUCAGCCGUGUUCAACAUCCUGUGCAUCAUCGGAGUGUGUGGGAUAUUUGCGGGGCAGGUUGUUUUUCUCACCAAGUUUGCCGUGUUCAGAGACUCAAUCUACUACAUUUUUUCUGUGGUUGCCCUUAUUAUAUUUAUUUAUGAUGAAAAGAUUUUGUGGUGGGAGAGUCUGAUACUGAUUGUAAUGUAUUUAGGCUACAUUAUCAUCAUGAAGUUUAACACUAGCAUGCAGAACUACUUUUCGGGGAAAGAAGACAAGAGUGUGCCCAAUGGUAAUACGGUCAUCAGCGAGAUGGAGGAUGGUAAUACAUGUUAUGAUCAGUAUUGGGAUGAUCCAUCAUGGCCGUUACUUAGACCAGUAAAGCCCUGUAAAGAGUACACUAGGGGCUCUGUUGUGAUGGUGGACGAGAUGAUAAAUUCAAGCCCUCCACAUUAUCGGUUCCCCGAGGCCGGCCUCAGGGUCAUGAUCACCAACCACUUUGGGCCCAAGACACGUCUGCGCAUGGCAAGCCGACUUAUCAUCAAUGAGCAGCAGCGGCUGGUGAAGAUGGCCAAUGGGGUGGAUGCAGUGCUGGUGGCUGAUAAGAAAGCUGACACCAUGGAAAAUGGCAACGUAGCGGAGGACAAACUCACUGAGGAACAAGAGAGUGAGCUGUCAUCUCCCUUCGUCUUGCCUGGGGGCGCUAUGAAUAAAGUGAAGUUUUUCGUUUCCUGGCCCAUUUUGUUGCUGCUGUUCUUCACCAUACCCAACUGUGCCAAACCACGGUGGGAGCGCUUCUUCAUGCUGUCCUUCUUCCUCUCUACGCUGUGGAUAGCCAUCUUCUCCUACGUCAUGGUGUGGAUGGUCACAAUCGCUGGAUACACGCUUGGAAUCCCAGAUGUCAUUAUGGGUAUAACUUUCCUGGCUGCUGGCACCAGUGUUCCCGACUGCAUAGCCAGUCUCAUCGUCGCACGACAAGGCCUGGGGGACAUGGCUGUCUCCAACACGAUUGGCAGUAACGUCUUUGAUAUCCUGGUUGGACUCGGCGUUCCCUGGGGCAUCCAGACAAUGGCUGUCAACUACGGCUCUGUGGUUAAAAUCAACAGUAGAGGAUUGGUUUACUCCGUUGUUCUGCUGCUGGGUUCGGUGGCUUUAACUGUGCUGGGGAUCCAUGUGAACAAGUGGAGGUUGGACUUUAAGCUGGGCAUAUACGUGCUUGUUCUGUAUGCCAUCUUCCUCUGCUUUUCCAUCUUGAUCGAAUACAAUGUCUUCACUUUUGUCAACCUGCCCAUGUGCCUAGGUGUCUAGGCUAGGUGAUUUCCAUGGGCUUUGAACCAAAAUACCUCCGGGAUAAACCUGCAACCAAAAUCACCAAUGAUUCUGCUGUUUCCUCUCUCUCUUUAAACUCCCUACUGUUGAAGAAAACCACUGUCUCCCGCUGCACAUUCACACCACUGUGGCUCAGAUGGAAGAACUGCAUUUCCCGGAAGACCGUUGACUCGCAACUUUCUCCAUCAAUUCCAGGAAAUUAAAUUCUCCUUGGCAGCUCUCUUUAUAACUGGAUAUUCUUCUACUUCUGAACCUUGGACAAUCACAAUGCAGCCCGUAAACGUCUUGUUCAGAGCAGAAGGAUUCAAAGCGUACACUCGCACCACAAACUGCACACACACACACACACACACACACACGGCAAUGACAAAGAAUGCUGCUCAUUCCAGUAUGCAUUAGCAAUCUACAUUUUCUAAUUUCUGUCUUCCCUUGACACAACGUAUGACAUGAACAUGAACAUAAUGCACUUUAUACGUGGCAUAAAACAUCUAUAUCGUAUUAAUUUAUUUCCUCCAGAAUGGAAAAAUGAAAGCACGUCCUUGAUGUGGCGCAAUAAAAAGAUGGAAGUGACAUGAAAUGACUGCCCUCGGGCAAGAAAGUGGUUCUCGCAGCUCGUUACACACAAGAAAACUGUUGAAAUAAGACACACAGCAGAUGUGAAGCAUUUCAUGUAUGGAUCGUGCGGCAGGGGGCGAGCUGUUACGAAAUGCUUACGAGCCGGACCAUAUAUUUCCUGCUGAGAGCUUCCAGCAGGUGCCAAUCGGAGAGGUCAGCGAGUGGACCAGCUUCUAACGCAUGGAAGCAGGAGCUCUAAAAUCGGAUACGUUCUUGGUUUCCCCUUAAUUAUUCCAGAUCUGCAUUAACUAAUGAAUGGAACCAAUCAUAAAGCACACAUCAAAAGCUGCUCCUCACCUCUCGUUCAGACCAGAGCAGAUGACCCUCAGGACCGCUCUUUGCUUGUGUCGCAGUUUGGAUGAUGACUGACAACUGUGGCUGCUUUGAUAUUUCAAACGCAUCACAAACCAGAGAUCCUGGAUUUUGCAAACAUGCUACAAAUCGAAUAAUUUUUUUGUUUGUUAGUUUGUGUAUAUGUAAAUAUAACAUCACUGAUCCUGUUUGAACCAGUGCUUCCUUACAGAUGAUGGGAGGUAAGGGUGAAUUUACAUACGUGACCGAAGAGGCCACCUUUUCUUUAUUUCCAAUGCACCCUAACCUCCCUCUCUGAAUAUUUAUUACCAUUUGUCUGUAAUGCAUGAUUUGACACAAAGAAGCCAUUUUUGAAGCAGGGCAGAAGCUUUGUGAGCUCACGUUCCUGCAAGGAUGAAUCUCAAGAAAAUGUGCCCAGGUCAUAUUUCAUCCCAAAAUCAAAAGAAAAAAACAAUAGAUUGUGCAAAGAAAUUAAGUUUAAAGACCUUUUUAAGGUUUAUCUGCAUUGACAUGUUUUUUUUCUCAUAAAUUAUCAACCCUCGUUGCUGUAAUGUAUGCAGACUUCAUACUGCAAUUCGUGCAUACAAAUAUUUAAAUUAGCAUAAAGCAACCAUAAUAUUUAAUUACCUUAAUUAUAUAUUUCUUGCAUAAUAGGAUAAAAGGAUUGAGAUUUUUUGUAUGCAGCCAUGGAAAUAUGAUUAAUUUUGUAUGAUUUAUUUAGAAGUAAUUAAAAUUACUAUAAUGAAAACUGAGGUAUACUUUGAAUUUUUUUUUUUUUUUUGGUGUUAGGGUAAUGGUUUUUUUUUCCUUUUUCUUUUCUCUGUUGCGGUAAUGAUGUUUGAGGUGCAAAAUGUGCUUACCGUAACGUCGCAAUACAAAGACGAAGUAUAAUAGCCCUCAUAGACUUAUUUUUCUUUAAGCAUAAAACGAUCAGCUAAUUUCUUCUUGUUGUUUUUUUUUUUUUUUUUUUUGUGGUGAAACAUGACCUAAACUUGACCUCGACAGGUUUUCUGAGAUUCACCCCUACCCGGCAGCUACAGGACCCCCGUCCACUCAGCUGCCAGUGGGCCGAAAAGAUCCGAACGAGCGUGUCUUUGUGUCUUUUUGUCAGUUGUAGAACCUGUCAUCGUCAAGUGCUAGGAGGUGCUGUCGCUGUUGUCCGUGCAAAAAAGACAGGUGUUGCGGUAUUUGAUGUACACAUUAUAUAUGAUAUAUGCAAUCUCAGUCGGUGAGGGCCGAGGACGGAGAUCUUAUUUUCAUAGAUGAGCCAUGUUUGUGAAAGCUGCUGAAGUCGCCCGCCGCUGUAACACAUGCAUGCAGAUUCUGUCAUCUAAAUCUUACAUCACACGAUUGCCAUUCUGUAGAGCGUCGACUUCGGUUUAUUGUGGCUAUGUGCUGUGCGGAAUGACGGUGGUGUCAAGUGACGAUUCUCUUUCGUUCUUUCUUGCGUUCUUUGUUCUGUGGUGUUACUCAGUGGUGAUCUGUACGAUUACGUUAUUCAGCUGAAAUAGAUAAACCAUACGCACACUGUCGGAGGAGCUUGUGAAGCUUCUUCCUAUGCUGGCUGCCACGUUAAAUAGUGUCGUUUUUUUUCCCCCAGCAUUUAAUGAGGUCUUGGUGCCAGUUUCUAUUCUUUGUUAGUUUCUCCCUGGUUGUUUUGGGAAAUCUCUUUUUGCCGGUGCAAUAGACGGUGCAUUCAUAUACUAGGUUUCUUUUGAAUUUAUUUGUCAGCACACUAUCCUUUACUUUGUCACAGGUUGUUUGUGCCAUGCUCGAUGUAAAUGCUACCGUUAUAUUUGAACUGAGAUAAGUAUUUUUUUGACAUUUAAUUGCAUUUUAUAAACUUCAGACCUCCGGAGUGGUUUGAUUAACGUUUCAUCGGGUCACUUCGGAGGGGGGCGUCUUUGUUGCCAGUCGUAUAGCACUCUUACAUGAAUAGACUUAUGCACUCUCCAUUGUAUGCCUGUUUCAGAGGGCAAAAACUUAAAGGAAAAUGCUUCAAAUGACUCUGCCACGCAUGAAUAUGCACAAGAGUAUGAGAACUUCUUCUCAUGCGGUGUCUUGAUUUACUAAAAACACACACACACGCACGCACAGAUACAUGCGCAACUGCUCCACGAGUGACCUGCUGCACUGUGAGUGGAACGGCAUAUAGGAAGCCUUUUGUAAGGUACAGAUUUAACGAUUUUCAACAUAAGAUGUUGGUGUGUAACUUGAAUGUAUUGUCUUGCAAGCAAUGGAUGUAUCCAACCAAUGCAUUUUACUGUAAAGCAAUAAUCUAAAAAGAAUACGAACAACAGUAUAUGAAGCAUACGAGUAUUGUAUGGAGAAAACGAUUAAAUUAUACGGUUUAUAAAUGUG